UGUAACCUCAAAAUGUGAGCUGUCUUGUUUGAUUAAAAAUGUUGUUAAAAGAGUUUACAAAUACAAUACAACAAAUUUCAAACAAUAGAUUUAUUAGUAUUUCCGUUGCCGUAAUAACUCUUUCGACUUUACUUCUGUCAUUUUAUAGUGUUGUUGCAGCUGCUGUAAUUUAUAUAAGCUAUAUAGCAGGAUAUAUGCUAUGUUGGUGUUUAAUAAAAUAUAAAUCCACCACAAAUUUCUAUUUUCAAAGGCUGUCUAGUUUCUAUCGAAGUAAAUCAUUCAGAAAAAAACUGAAACAUUCCUGCAGUAUAUGUGAUGAUUUAUCUUGUAAAAGACACCAACAAAUUAAAAAUGCUGUUCCUUGGAAAAAUAUUCAUAUACAAGAAGAUUUAAAUAAUGCUGUAGAAAAGUUCUACAAUAGAAUAAUUGAAAAUUUUAUAUUGUCAUGGUAUGGCCAAUUUACAAACAAUGAAGACUUUAUUAUUCAACUUCGAUAUUGCCUCAGAUAUGCAAGUGCAACUCUGCUCAACAGAUUAUUGGAAGUUGAUGCAGCUAGUAUUAUUAUUAACAAGCUUAUACCAUGCGUUAUAAAACAUAUAGAUGAUUACAUGUAUAUGGAACAAAUAGCCAAGUUAAAAAAUGUGAGAUUUAAUGACGUAAUUGUUGAGUACCUAGGAAAAAGACUUCAUGCAGCUACUGCUAAUAGAAAAUAUGAGCUGUCAUAUUUGCAAUGUGUUGUUACAGGCUUAAUGACUAAUUUAUUGCCCGAUUCUUACUUAAAAUGCCAGAACUUCACAAUUCUUAUAAGAGAAAUUCUUGCUGGAUGGGUGUUUCUACCACUUAUGGAUGUUUUGGCAGAUCCAAACAUAAUAAAUUGGUUGGUUGUAUACUCUGUUAAUUAUAAACCAAAAAGCAGCCGAGGUUUAAGUAAAAAUGUUAAAUCUGUAGAAUUUUUAUAUAAUUUUGAAACUGAAAAGUCAACAAAAAAAUCGUCAUUUUAUAUUGGUUUAAAUAAAAUUAAAUCCAAUACACAAUUAUUGUAUGCUUUUAUGCAGUUUUUAAAGAAAAAAGAGCAUGUACACCUUUUACAGUUUUGUCUUGAUGUGGAUGAAUUUAACACACAUUUAUUAAAACCAGAUCUGAGCAAAGCACAACUAGAAAAGCUGCAUAAUGAUGCCACAAAACUUUAUAAUGAAUAUUUAAAUGAAGAAAGUGUCAAUUUUAUUAACUGUACACCUGAUAUUUGUACAGAAUUCUCAGGAUUAAUUAAAGAAGGUGUUCAUAACAUUGCUAAGCUACGAACGUCCACCCCUUUGUUCAGCGCGUACGAACACACAUUUAAUGUUCUGGAAAAUACUUGGUUGCCUCAAUUCUUUCACAGCAGUGAGUUUUAUUCAUACAUCUGUGGAUCUAAAGUAACUGCCACUUAUGAUAAAUCCAAUAAAAGGGUAAGAAAAUAUAACGAUUUACCAAACCAAAGCGCCGUGUCCAAAAUAAGUAGCGGACUUGGGAAAAUUCGAGGCGUAUUAAAAGCUAGCCAACCUAUAGAAGGUGCUUUGUACUCGGACACGCCAAUAAAUGAAAACGGCAAUGCUGAAGCAUACAUCUCCUCUGACAGAGAUCUUAGCUCUUGGCGCAUAUCCAUUGUUGAUUAUCGGGCCAGUCCCACCAAUAAGGAGAUGUAUUUCAGAAUCAACAUCCAAAGAUUAGACUCGGUUCCGGAGUCCGGCAGACGAAUGUGGGAGGUUAGCCGUAAGGAGCAAGAUUUUUUCCUGCUGAAAUCCAAACUGAUAGAGUUCCAUGGCGAAAGCGAAAUAUCCGACUCCCCUCUGCCAUCCAGAAAGGGUAACCCGUCAAUGGACUCGAAAAAGGAAAAAUACGAGACGUUUAUAAGAAAAUUACUGCAAAAACCGUCUCUCCGCGGCAGCGAUUUGUUGUACACGUUCCUUAGUACAGAAGAGGAUUUCACUGAAUUGUUGGUUAACAGCACCCCAGUAGGGCAGGAGCUUGGCAAUAUAUAUUUGUCUGUGGCUCACAAGUUGCGCAAGGAAAAGGGUCAAAACUUGGAUUCUUUUAUGAACGCGUUCUUAGCUUCCACGGGAAAAUCCAAACAAGGGAGAUUUGGUUGGGCUGAAUUUGGCGACGAGAUUGACGCGCUGUCUGCGGAUUUGAGCAGGCCCGAACCGACUCCAAAAACUUACAGAAAUUACAUUUUUAACGAUAAUUUUGGUGUUAAAUACGAAAAUCUGAAGGACGGGUCAAGCAGCUCCCUUAAUCCUGUGGGAAUUACUGGAUGUCUUUUCUAUUUAUUAAGACACAUCUUUAAAAUGCCUGAAGGUGUAUUGAAGUUUUAUGUAAUUUUUUGCAACAUUUCGCACAACCUAAUUGAUCUACUCUUCAAAAUAUUCAUUGAUAAAAAACUAAAGUCCAGUUUGUCACAAACUAAUUUAGCAUACCUGAUCGGGCUGCUUGAAGAAGUGGUAUUUCAUCAUCAUGUUUCACCUACAAAAGAACAAUUGGAAAUAAGAAAGACGAAUGCUUUUAAUAGUUUGAAAGAUUUAUCGUCGCACUUUGUAGACAAGACUUUGUUUAACGGUCGAAUUUCAAAAGGGACUGCAACUCUUUUAGAAAUAUUGCAAAACCCACAUUACAAUAAACAGUUGGCUUAUAAUCUUCUGGAUCUCAUUUUAAUGGAAUUGUAUCCAUCCAUCGGAAAACCGACAGAGUCUCAGUAAAUGAAUAUUUACUAAGUAUUAUUAAAAAUUAUAUUAUUUAAUAAAACAUAUAUGAAAUAUA